GCACUUCCCCUCAGGUGUCCCAAAAAAUUAUGUUCCAAGCUCUCGUUCGACAGUCAACCAAGUUGUUGGCUCCAUCUUCCGCAAUACGAGUCGCAUGUAUAAGCACUCGAAUAAACUAUCUCAGCGUGAGCUUGCUCGUUUGGACUCGACACCAUUAGCAGUCCGGCGUCGUCGAGAGGCUCUGGGUGUACCAGAUGCAUCGAUGAACACUGGUGUCACUGCAGAUAAGCAGUAUGCCUACGAAAUGCAUAAAGCUCGAGGGAAGUUUCUUCAUCUUGCGGAGCCACCAAAGGUUUCCGAUUGGGUGAAAGAACGAGAAGCUCGGCAGCGCGUGAUCAGGGGUUAUGGCGUUGGACGAAAAAUCUAUCUUCCCAAUAUCAUCUUCCGUUUGGUCCCCAAUUAUACCCCUCCAGGCAAAGCAUAUAACCCUUACGAAGCCACCUUCCGCGUACCAUUAAGCCUCACCAAGACCGACGUUAGAGGUUAUCUUUUCGCCAUGUAUGGACUCAAAGUCACCUUCAUUCGUACCGACAUAUAUUACGCUCCGAUCGAACGACAAUUUCGCCGGCCAAAAGGGCGAAUGAAAUCCCACAAGACCUAUAAACGAGUAGUCGUCGGUUUGCACGAACCAUUUUAUUUCCCUCAUAUGCCUGAGGAAAUGACUCGGAAAGAACGCAGGGCUCAUCGAGAGUGGCUCGUGGCCAAGUUCAACAUUGACCAGGUUGAAGCCGCUAGAAGGAAAGCUCAGGUUCUUUCACUUGGGAUGAAACCUACAUGGCGAGGGAAAGUGAGCGGAAAGAAAAACAUCAUGAAGGCAGCGGCCAAACGACGGGAUUCGGUAGAAAGGCAACUUACGGGCAGGGUAAAACAGAUGAUGAAUUGGGGUAAACAAGCAAAGGCGCAGAGCGCCGAUUUGUAGGGAAUGUGUCUGGGACAAUCUAAUUAUUAGGGUACAUAUAUAAUUACAUGCAUAUAAUCAUGUCCUCCCGAAAGGCGGUGGAGCGCCUCUCCCAGUCAGAAUCUGCUGGUCAAUUACAUGUCCACUUUCGG